AUGGUGAACAUUCAAGAUCGGGUCGAGUUGGAUGGCGCUUUUGGAACCAUACGAUGGAUUGGGAACCUCCCGCAGUGGGGAUCAGCGACUUUGGCGUACGGAAUUGAGUGGGACGAUCCCCAAAGAGGGAAAAACAGCGGCUCCGUCGGAGACACUUUCUACUUUUCAGUUAAAGUGCCUCUCAGUGGGUCUUUCGUCAAGGCAAGCAAUAAGAAACUACGAUUGGGCAGGUCGUUUGUGGAUGCUCUUUGGGAGACGUACUGUGGAGAAGAAAACGUGACAGCGUUAGGGCAGGAGAUUGUAUUUGGCCUGAAGACGGUGGAGUCCUUGGGGUUUGAAGAACUCAAUGAAAGGAGGGGAAAGCUAGAGACGCUCGAGUCAAUUACGCUUGAUAAGCAGAUCGUGGCGUUUUGCGGAGACUUGAGUGGUAUUCCUGAACUCAGCGGGGCGAAGUAUCUCGAUUUGAGCUACAACUUGUUGGUGAAUACUGAGGAGGUGAUCAAGAUCGUGAGUAAAAUGCCACUGCUUGAGUCGUUGAAUGUGAAUGGUAACGUUUUCACAACUUUUGGUGAGGGACAAUUACCUGUGGAGACGGUUUCUGCAGCUUCGUGUGGAUUGGAGGAGGAUAGGAUAGACCAGUUUCUUGCACUGUUUCCGAAGAUACGAAAAUUGUGCGUUGCAGGUAAUGAUUUAGCUUCUGUUCCUGAGGCAGCCCUACAAUAUGUCGAUCUGCUUGAUAUGUCCUUCAAUCGCCUCCAAACUGUACCUGACAUACCAGCCAGAGAGCUCAUUCUUGCCAAUAAUGCCAUCGAAACGCUUCCACAUAUGACCCUACCAACAAAGGUGUUGGACCUUCGAGAAAACAAAAUCAGCGACUGGGCUCAAGUGGAGCUGAUAUCAACGGUAUUUCCCGAGCUUGAAGAACUCCGAAUUGAUGGGUGCUCUUUGUUUGAGAACAUGGAGGUAGACGAAAUGACGACCCAGCUUAUUGGAAGACUUCGAUGCCUGACCUCAGGAAAGGGAAUAAAAAAGCUUAAUGGAAGCACCUUGCUGGAUGACAAAAUCAGAAGCUCUGAGAUCUACCUAGUGUCUUUAAUUCAAAAGGGCACAGUGGUCCUGAGCACCAGAUUGUCCGAACUCAAAGAGAAGUACAGCAUUCAGCAAACUGACACAACUCAAUCUCAUCACCCCAAAAACCACUACGUCAUAACUGUCAAGGGGCCCCAAGGAACACUCUUUUCCAGAACGUAUCAUUACAAAACACACUAG